CUCUACUCUUGUUAGGUAACAACAAAGCCUUGGUGCAAGGGAUUCAGGAGCAUCUCCACGUCGAUAUCGUUACCCAGGUCUAUUGAAAGCCUUUCUUGAUGUCUACAUGUGGCGUAUGAACAGAUAUAUGCAUGUCUUCACGGACUGCGGCCGUCGCAUUACUUGGGGUUCCGUGGAUCCGGCGCUCAAGGUUAUUUUCUCGCCUCUCCAGAUAUCUUUCUUUAAUUGGUGCUGGCGCUGGGCACCGAGCCAAUCAUUUGCAUAGAGAAAGGAUCGCCAAGCAAGUUCUUUAGAGGCCUGCUGCCAUCUCCAUGAGCAUAGUCGCGCUUUCAACGCGGUGAAAGUCCUACAAAAGGGGCAUGGUUUCCCCAUCUCAUCAUAUGUUACUGUACUACGAGACACCAUGCCUUUGCCGCUCUCACGACCACCCGAGGUCAAUCAAUACGGCAAGGUAGCCAUUCCAAGGCUCGAGAGACGCCGGCCUGAUCCCCCAAACCAGUCGGACUCCAACCCAUAUGAAACCAAAUCCAGAAUGACCACUGCCUGUCUGGCCUGCCGGGCCCGCAAAGUCAGAUGCAUUGGAGCACAGCCGUGUUGCGAGAAUUGCAAGACCAGUGGCAAGACUUGUGUCUGGCCACAGGGUCGAAGAGACCGCCUUGUCGUGACUCUGGACCAUAACGCUGAGUUGAUUGCCAUCCUCAGAAGCCUACAAGAUGGAGCCUCCGACGAGCAGAAACACGAGAUUGAGGCUGUCCUCGACCGAGCCACAGAGUUUACAGUGGAAAACACAGAUCGAUCCGCAUCCAUGAUAGCAACCGAGCUACGAGAUGAAGCUGUCUCGUCCACGGCAACUCCUGCUGCCGAUGAAGACAUUGAGAUGGGCCUGUCAGAUCCAGAGCCUCUUCACACCGACGGAUAUGGAUAUGCGGACAAACACUCCCAGGCAUUUGCCGUUGGUGAUAGCACAGAUGUUUUCCCUCAGCCUACCGAAACUUCCACAGCUCAGGAGAAGGUAGCCCGCCGCAAGGUGCCGCCUUUCAGAACUGCGCAGAAGUUGUUAGACUGCUACAUGGACACGGUUCAAGACGCUUUUCCUGUCUUGCCCAAGGCCGGUUUUCGCAGACAAUUCAUGGAACUCUACGCGUCGAACCCGGGUUCCCAACCAGAGUCUUCGCCUAUCGUAACUGACGAAUGGCUGAUCACUCUGAAUCUUGUCUUCGCCAUCGCGGCGAGGUAUUUACACCUCGUCGAUGCGGAUUGGAAACCGAACGGCCAGGAGGACGAUGUUUAUCUUUCACGCGCUCGUGUAUUGGGUUUGAGAGGAGUUGCCCUGAUGGCCAAUCUCGAUUCAUCGCAAGUCCAGAUCACCGCCCUACAUGCUCUCUAUCUCUUCUCGAUCAGAGACUUUCACAGAGCUUGGGUAGCCAUCGGUACCUCGAUUCGAUCCGCAUACGUGCUAGGUAUGCACACACAGAAAGGAAUUUCGGACGAGGCAGGAAACAAUCCUCUACUACAAGCAUGGUGGGGGCUGCGGUGCUUCGAGAGAACCAUCAGCACCGUCAUGGGCUAUCCGAACUUUCAAGCGGAUGACACGAACUCGGUCUUGCUGCUAUCGUCACCAUCGGACAUGGUGUCGCCUUACGACGAACCACUGCCUCCAAUGGCAGUCAGCUACCUAAUUGGUAGAGUUCAUAUAAGUCUGGCUGCGGAAAAGGCUCUCAUGAACCUCUACUCAUUUGGGGAAGUCCGCCCGUCCUUCCCGAGCAUACAGCGUCUGACGCAGGACCUCAUGAUACAACUCAAUGGAAAACUGCGAGAGUUGCCGCCCAAUCUCAAUUACUUCUCCCCGGAGAGCACUCCAUUGGCCUCUCGCGAGCAGGUGCUCCUGAAGUUCCAAUACAUUGCCACCCAGAUUCUGAUUUUGAGACCAUGCUUUUGCAGGGACGAUAGUCGAUCAGCGGAUGGAGUCGAGGGCUACAACCAACGCGCCACGCGCACCUGCCUCGCCGCAGCAAAAACGUUCACAGACCUGCUGCCAGAUCACCCUGACGGCGUGCCCCUCUACCGUGCUGACACCUGGUGGUCGACAGUGCAGUUGGUGAGACAGACAACCAGCAUUCUCGUCCUGGAGCUGGCUUUCGGAACGGUUGUAUUUCCAGAGACCGAAGACACCAUCCUGCCACGGGUCAAAAGACUCGUACGAUUGUUACGGUCCAUGAAGGGAAUGGAUCCUUUCGCAGAACGCAUUUACGGAACGAUUCUCGGGGUGUUGCGGAGAUUGGCCGAACGAGACGACUUGGAUAUUGCAGAUCUUGUAGCAGAAGACGCCCACGCUAAGAUUGGUCAAAUUGGCCAGCAAUCUUCAUCAAGUGCACGCAGUCCAGGUAUAGCUUCACUGCCCGGUGAAGACCUAGCACGCCUGUCCUCUCCAGGCCGCCAAAAUGAUCUCCCUCCAGACUACUUGUGUUCGAAGCCAUGGAUCCAGUAUCUGUUUGGCCAUGUAUUGGAUGAACACAAUCCGAUAACGUCUGCGCAAUUCGUAGAAUCGCUUUAAAGAGAUAUAUUAUUGUAUAUCCCAGUUCCAGUUGGAUUAAAUUGCAUCACAUCGGUUAGGAUUUCCUUUGGUCACUGCAGGCAUGGGCAUUUUAUAGGACACUCUCUUGUUACAUGUCUUUGGACAAAACUAUUCUGUGCUACGCAUAGGUAGUUUCCCAGUUGGAAUUUCCUUUUUCCGCUCUUUGGAGCCUUCACCUUCGUUUAGAUCUCGGUUUGCCAUUGUUCCUUUCAGUUUUUGCUUUCUCAUCACGAAUCAUGAAUGAGCGACAUACAACACAGCACACGAAGUGGAAGUAUGCUUUUCGGUUUUCUACAUAGUUCCUUGAAGCUUAUAAAUCUCCUUUUCCAACUGGGUUACAAUAUAUCUUGAUCAGCCUUUGCACCAUCCCU